UUUUACAAGAGUCUACUGGAACUUUCCAAAACGUUGAGUCCUGCACUAGUUUAGAGUGGUCCUGCCAAUCAAAAGCUAUAUAUGGUCUCCUAGCAACAACAGUAAAUAAAGAAAAUGGCGGAAGACAAGGAAAGCGCAGAGGCCAUAGUAUCGGAGGUCCACAAGAAGAUCCGCGCUGCUUUUGAUGUGUUUGACCACGAGUUCAACAAGACAGUGGAUGUCAGGGAGAUAGGCACUAUCAUCCGCUCCCUAGGCUGCUUCCCUAACGAAGGGGAGCUACAUGACGUCAUAGCAGAGCGGCUUACAGUCAACCGUGCAUAUGUACAUGAACAUAGAGAGGACAACAAUGGGACGUAUUUAACUAAACAGAUUGAGGAGGAGGAGCCAACAGGAUACAUCCGCUUUGAGAAGUUCCUCCCCACCAUGACCAAGGUUCUAAUGGAGCGCAAGUUCCGGCCCAUCCCAGAGGACCUGAUGCUCCAGGCCUUUGAGGUUCUAGAUAAGCAGAAAAAGGGACAUUUGGAACUGGAGGAGCUCACAAAGUACAUGACACAGGAAGGAGAGCCCUUCACCCAGGAAGAGAUGGAGGAGAUGUUGUCAGCUGCAAUGGACCCUGACAAGAACCUCAUCUUCUACAAAGACUUUGUUAGCAUGAUGACCGUGGAUGACCCCAGAUAGACUCUCAAUCACACACACACACACACACACACACACACACACACACACCAACACUCACAAACAUAUACACAUUCCUGCUGGGAGUAAUGACAAAUGUAACCGUUGUCUUGCGUAAUUGUUAUAGUCUAAUACAGAAUAUAAUGUGGUAUUGUAAAUGUUUGCAGUGUCAUAAACAUUUUUGGGCUUAUCGCCAAAUAUUGUACAUCUCCCACUGUUGUGCUAGGGGCCUGGCCAACUCUAGUCUUCAGGGGCCUAAUUGGUGUCACACUUUUGCCCCAGCCCCAGCUGACACACCUGACUCCAAUAAUCAACUAAUCAUGAUCUUCAGAUAAAAAUGCAAUUAGUUUAAAUCAGGUGUGUUUGCUGGGGAUGGGGAGAAGUGUGACACCAAUCAGGCCCCAGAAGACUGGAAUUACCCAGGCCUGUAACUAGACCUGCAUGGCCAGGCCUGUAACUAGACCUGCAUGGCCAGGGCUGUAACUAGACCUGCAUGGCCAGGGCUGUAACUACACCUGCAUGGCCAGGCCUGUAACUAGACCUGCAUGGCCAGGGCUGUAACUAGACCUGCAUGGCCAGGGCUGUAACUAGACCUGCAUGGCCAGGGCUGUAACUAGACCUGCAUGGCCAGGCCUGUAACUAGACCUGCAUGGCCAGGGCUGUAACUAGACCUGCAUGGCCAGGCCUGUAACUAGACCUGCAUGGCCAGGCCUGUAACUAGACCUGCAUGGCCAGGCCUGUAACUAGACCUGCAUGGCCAGGCCUGUAACUAGACCUGCAUGGCCAGGGCUGUAACUAGACCUGCAUGGCCAGGCCUGUAACUAGACCUGCAUGGCCAGGCCUGUAACUAGACCUGCAUGGCCAGGCCUGUAACCAGACCUGCAUGGCCAGGCCUGUAACCAGACCUGCAUGGCCAGGGCUGUAACUAGACCUGCAUGGCCAGGCCUGUAACUAGACCUGCAUGGCCAGGGCUGUAACUAGACCUGCAUGGCCAGGGCUGUAACUAGACCUGCAUGACCAGGCCUGUAACUAGACCUGCAUGGCCAGGCCUGUAACUAGACCUGCAUGGCCAGGCCUGUAACUAGACCUGCAUGGCCAGGCCUGUAACUAGACCUGCAUGGCCAGGCCUGUAACUAGACCUGCAUGGCCAGGGCUGUAACUAGACCUGCAUGGCCAGGCCUGUAACUAGACCUGCAUGACCAGGCCUGUAACUAGACCUGCAUGGCCAGGCCUGUAACUAGACCUGCAUGGCCAGGCCUGUAACUAGACCUGCAUGGCCAGGCCUGUAACUAGACCUGCAUGGCCAGGCCUGUAACUAGACCUGCAUGGCCAGGCCUGUAACUAGACCUGCAUGGCCAGGGCUGUAACUAGACCUGCAUGGCCAGGCCUGUAACUAGACCUGCAUGGCCAGGCCUGUAACUAGACCUGCAUGGCCAGGCCUGUAACUAGACCUGCAUGGGUUUAUUGCCAAAUAUUCUCCCUCUGUUGUGCUAGGCCAUGCAGUGAAACCAGAUGGCGCUGUGUAUCCAUAAACAACAUGCAACACCACGCUAUAUAAAUCACUGCAGCAAUAUGCUUUCAUUCACGACACCAUCACCACCACACCACCUUAUGUGCAUAAUCAUCGGAAUGUGAAGCACAGAUUAAUUGAAUGAGGAUAUUCAUGAAAAGAACACAAAUUAAAUUGUUGUGUUCUGAGUAAAA